AUGGCCUCAUCCUCUGGCCCUGGCGGCGAGCAUGGCGGCGAGAAGAAGGUCAGACCCAAGUUGGGCACCGUAGCUGGGGUCUACAUACCAGUAUGCCUGAGUAUAAUGAGCAUCCUCAUGUUCUUGAGGUUCGGACUCAUACUGGGUCGAAUUGGGCUCGUUGGCAUCAUAGGUCUGCUCUUGGUGGCGUACUGCAUCGACUUCCUCACGCUCUUCUCCUUGUCAGCCGUCGCUUCCAAUGGCGAGGUCAAGGGAGGGGGUGCUUAUUAUCUCAUCUCACGCUCGCUUGGUCCUGAAUUUGGCGGAUCAAUAGGCAUCAUGCUCUACCUUGCCUCAGUUUUGAGCUCGGCCAUGAAUGUUGUUGGUCUCAUAGACUGCAUCAAGCUCAACAUUGAACCAGACUUUCCCGAGGGAUACUGGGUGAAAUACGGCCUUCAGACAAUAGUCCUGUUUGUUUGUACAGGCUCUUGUCUGUUGGGUUCAUCGAUAUUCGCGACGGCUGGCAAUGCGUUGCUGGCCAUCCUAUCGCUAUCAGUACUGAGCAUUCCGGGAUCGGCUGUCUUCAAAGAACCAUUCCAAGACCAUGCUCAGGGUAUUCACUUUACCGGCCUCAGCUUGGACACUCUGGCAGACAACUUCCUUCCCCCCGUUGACCGCAUAGCUUUCAACGGCAUGGAGACCUUUAGAGAAUUAUUCGGCAUCCUCUUUCCGGCUACCGCAGGCAUCCUAGCAGGCGCUUCUCUAUCGGCAGACCUUCAAGACCCCAAUAAAUCAAUCCCCAAGGGGACGUUAUGGGCCACCUUGACGACACUCAUCGUCUACUGUAUCGUUGCUUUGUCGAUGGCAUCCAGCAUCACGCACGACUCCCUUCUAGCCAACUCCAACAUUCUUUCACUCGUCAACGUGGCCCCUUGGGUCAUCUUCGCUGGCGAGUGUGCCACGACAGCUUUUUCAGCCUUGAUAGGUAUCAAAACUUCGGCAGGGCUCCUGAGGGCUCUGGCUCGAGACCAGCUUUUGCCCGGCAUGGCAUUUCUAGACCGGGGCAGCCGACGACGGGAUGAUCCUAUUGCCGCGCUCGCGCUCACCUAUGCCAUCGCACAACUGGCCCUUCUCGCAGACUUGAAUCAGAUUGCUACAUUCAUUUCCAUGGGCUUCCAGAUGACCUUCUUCGUUAUGAAUCUGGCAUGCUUCUUCCUGAAGAUUGCCACCGCGCCCAACUUCCGACCAAGCUUCAAGUUCUUCAGUUGGCAGACAGCUCUGCUUGGCAGCAUCAUGUCCGCCUUUGCCAUGUUCUUCGUGGACGAGACCUACGCCGCCCUGGCUAUAUGUCUCCUUGUCGCUCUCUUCCUGUUGAUACAUUACCUUUGCCCUCCGAAGCGAUGGGGUGACGUUUCUCAGAACCUGAUCUAUCACCAGGUCCGCAAGUACCUUCUUCGUCUGCGGCCAGAACACAUCAAGCACUGGCGCCCACAUAUUAUCCUCCUUGUCAACAAUCCAAGGAAACAGACAAGACUGAUCAAGUUCUGCAACUCUUUGAAGAAGGGAUCUCUCUACAUCUUGGGUCACGUCAUUGUCACUGACGACUUUUCCAAAGGCGUGGACGAAGCUCGCUUACAACAGCAGGCCUGGACCAACUACAUCUCCGAGUCGUCCAGAAUCAAGGCAUUUGUUCAGCUCACAAUGUCACCAUCCUUCAACUGGGGCGUCCGCAACCUGAUUCUCAGUUCCGGUCUGGGUGGCAUGAGACCAAAUGUGGCUAUCAUUGGAUUUUAUAACAUGCAAGACUUGCGUAGGUCUGGGCACCAUACAUACGUGCCGGACAUACCGACUUUUGUUGCUUCCCAGAUGAAGCAGACGUCGAAAUCGGGUACCAGACGCCCUACUAGACGUAGAGGCGACACCUCGUCACGGAUUCUGUCGGGCACGCUCCCAACCGAUGUCAUUCGAAACGAGGACAUGAUGUCGCCGACCCAGUACAUGACCAUGUUGGAGGACCUGGCUUUACGCUACCGACUCAAUGUUGCUGUUGGGUUUGGUUUCGAUACACUCGAGGCACCGGGGACUGGCGAGUCCCACAGCAAGAAAUACGUCGAUCUCUGGCCCAUUCAGAUGUCAGCCGAGGUCACGUCGGACGGUCAAAACAUAUUGACCACCAAUUUCGAUACAUACACGUUGAUCUUGCAACUCGGACAUAUCCUGCAGAGUGUUCAAACAUGGGGCUCGGCGUACCAGCUGCGAGUCAUGGUAUUUGUCGAAUACGAGAACGAAGUCCCAGAAGAAACUGCGCGCGUCAAACAGCUACUCGAGAAACUGCGGAUAGAAGCCAAGGUCAUGGUGUUCUGGCUCGCGUCGGGGGAGCUCAAUACCUACGAACUCAUCAUCAAUGGUGUCAGCCAGGACAUUGACUGGGACAUUCUCGUCAACGAUGCACUGAAGGACGCAGAGUGGUGGGAUGAUCUUCAGAACUUCAGAGGUCGCUUCGAUCGUAUGUCGGAUAGCUGGGGAGAAACACACAUUGCGCAGAUCAAAGAAUCAACGUCGGCUCGGCCUGGUGUCUACAACCCCCACGAUGAUUUGGAUCCCAUGGGCAGACACACUACCAGUGGCGACAUUGGUAUGGUGUCUAAACGCCCAACGAUAUCGAUGCUUAAGAAAUUGGGCGGGAGCGUCGGCAUGCAUACCCAUCACCUCUUGGACAAUCACUUACAGAGAGGAGAGUAUCCUGACUCAGACGGUGAGUCAUCUACGACGACCGACGCGUCUGACAGUGAGAUGGCCACUGGCGCAGAUCCUUACCCUCAGGAGUCCACGCCGGGGCAUGAUCCAGAUCGCCAGCCACUCCUUCGAGCCUCGAGGAGGAGUAACGAUUCGGCAACCUCUCAACAGCGCCAGGGGAGGUCUCGACGGCGGCAGUCAAAAUCAAAGGACUCAUCUGUUACAGGGCCUAUGUACGGUACCAUGUCAACGUCACAAACGCUGCACGAAAUGGACGAGGAGCCGACUUCAGCAACGACAACCCCUCGUGUCGUGGCUUUCGCCGCCAGUCCUAACAACGAAAGUGAUCAUGCAAUCAAGGCUGUGCGCUCCAUGCUACCUCUGCCACGUCAAAGUGAAGAUGAAUCACGAGGACUUCUUCGAUCAAAGUCAAUGAGUCCAGUGAGAUCCUCCGAAGACUCCAAGACAGCAAUGCCCUCACGUCCGGCCAUUUCUAGGCAAUCAUCAGGGGUGCGAUUCUCCAGUCGCCCGGUGCCGGAGACUACUAUGACGACCGACGGCGAUGCAGUAAGACUUAGCUUUGCAGAAUCUGGUUCCAGCACACCGAGGACUGAGCGACCCUCGGCAUCACGCCAGUCAUCGUACGGCGGCAGCAAGCUUCGAAAACAACAAGUUCCUGAGAACAAGCUCGCCGGCGCCGAAGGCCAAAAGACCAUUGCAUUUGCUGAUCCCAUCGAAUCCACCCCCUUUGUGUCGCGUUCGGCAGCCAACUCGCCGGUGCACUCUCGUGGGGGAUCCCUGGCACAGUCGCGCCGAAACUCGGAGACGGGCGACCUGAAUUUGAACGUCUCGGACAUCCUACAGUCGUACCGGAUUGAAACUGGAGAGCAGGAGGGUGGCUCGAGAUACUCAACGGCAAAUCUUUCCCUCUCCUUCAACGAUUUACCCAGCCGCGCUCAGCAUCUUAUACUAAACGAGCUCAUGCGGCGCCACUCCGGAGAGACAGCACUGCUCAUGAGCACGCUGCCUAUCCCCGCGGACGGGACUGCUCUGGACGAGAAGAGUACCAUAAGUUACCUGUCCGACGUGGAGCUGUUGUGCAAUGAGUUGCCGCCGACGUUGAUGGUACUGAGCAACAACAUGACCGUCACAGUCAGUCUGUGA